UCUUUUAUAAGAAAUAACUCAACAUGGAAAAGUUCAAGGAGAAACUCAAUGCUCUUCGUGCUGAAGCUGACGAAGCUACUGCUAGGGCUGACGAACUUGAAGCCAAGGUGAAGCAACUCGAAUCUGAACAUACUUCUAAGGACCACGAACUUCUCUCUUUGCAAAUCCGUGUCAAGAACUUGGAAGAACAAUUGGAAAAGACUGAAUCUCAACUCAAGACUACUUCUACAAAUUUCAACGAAGCUGACCUCAAGGCCGAAGAAGCUGAACGAAAGGUGGAUAGCUUACAAAAGGAAAUUGAAGAAAAAGAAGCCAGACAUGAAGAACUUUUGGAAAAAUACAAUUCUGCCAAGGCUGAAUUGGAUGAACUUGGUCGUCAAUUCGACGAAUUGUAAGGUAGAUAUCUAUUCUUUUUUUAUUCUUCUUCUUUUAGUUUAGUUGUUUACUAUAAUAUAUUUCACACCUUGUGAUUUUUUUUUCUCCCCUUGAUGACCCUAUUCUUUUUUUCUUUCUUUUUUUUUUUUUUUUGUCUCCCA